AUCGUUUGCCUACUACUCGAGCAAGGCUACGAUCCUAAUGCGCGUGAGGGCCUUGGAGUCACCGCCCUUAUGAGUGCAUCGUCAUGGAGCCGUACAGAGGUCGUCCAGCUGUUGCUCCGAUACAACGCUAAUGUGAAUGCGCAAGGGGGCCCUUACGGGUCCGCGCUCCAGGCUGCUUCGGUCGAUGCUUCUCUGCAGACUAUCGAGUUGCUGCUCAAGCAUGGUGCCGAUGUCAACGCGGUGUAUGGCGACCAUGGGACCGCGCUCCGACUUGCAGUCAGCAGAAAUCGCACACAGGUCGUAAAAUUGCUGCUUGAGUGGGGCGCAGAUAUGCACUUGCCAGGA